AUGUUGGUAGAUUGCAGUGCCGAGCCAUCUGCCAGCUUGCAGUCCGACGUCCGUGUUGGCUUCGUCGGGAAACGACGCAACGUUGGCAAGCACCUCGCCUUUGCCGAUCUCACCACGCCGUCGGGCGAGGUGAUACAAAUAUGUUCCAACGCCGAUGCCGACGCAGCGGCGCACGAAAAAUUUCGACAAAUACCCGCCUUUUCACCCGUUCGCAUCGAGGUGCGGUCGCAGCCCCCGCCGAGCACGCCGAGCCGAGACUCGGACGGCUCGAAGCCCACGUACCACCUGCGUGAUAUACGACCGCUCAACAGCGUGCCGAAAGACCUCAUCGUGACACCCGACGUGCAGUUUCCUCCGACAAAGCGGCAUCUGCAGCUUCGCUUUCACCCCGAGCUGCAGGCCCGACUCAGGUUUCGCUCCUGGCUGAAGGGUGCGCUGAACCAGGCGUUGCUGGAGAAGGGGUUCUUGGACGUCGAAACUCCCACGCUGUUCAAGUCUACCUUGGAGGGCGCCAGGGAGUUUCUCGUGCCCACGAGACAACGGGGGACGGCGUACGCUCUGAGCCAAAGCCCUCAGCAGUACAAGCAGGUCCUCAUGGCCAGCGGCAUGUCGCGGUACAUGCAGUGGGCGAGGUGUUAUCGCGACGAGGACCUGCGGGCCGAUCGACAGCCAGAAUUCUCACAGCUCGACAUGGAAUGGGCGUUUGCGGACGCGUCGUUGGUCAGGCAAGAUGUGACCGACAUGAUGCUGAAAGCGCUAUCCGCUCUGCAUCCGUCUUCAAGCUACCGGGAUGUCCGCGGGGAGAGAAUACCGCUGUUGUCGGAGAUCCCGGCCGACUCUUCAUCCGCCGGGGGGCGAGCAGCGCACGAAAUUACGACGAUUACCUUUGCCGAGAGCAUCGCAGCGUACGGAUCAGACAAGCCGGACCUGCGAAUACCCAACCGAAUACACCGCAUUGAAAGUCUAGAUUCCAUCCGUGGCUUUGUCGGCAUGAUCACGCAUCUACCUGACCCUCAGGUCGAAGCCUUCACCUUUGCCCUCAGCGGCUGCUCACCUGCCGAAGCUCGCAAGUUUGUCGUCAACUUCAUGGACAACUUGCCGCCCUCCUUGGCCGAGAACGCCGAUGGCAAACCUCAAAUCAUGAUUCACGAUUCCAGACAACCCCUGGCAGGGUUCUCGUCGCUCGGGUUCGAGUAUCAGUCGAUACUGGAUCAGAUAUCCGGUGGACGCGAGAUCAACGACGGGGAUCUUGUGGUCUUCCAAGCACGAGAGAAACCGUCUGGUCAGUACUGCCUCGGGUCGACGAAAUUGGGCGACAUUCGGUCUGGGUUGUGGAAGGCGCUUGUCGAAGCAGGCUUCAUGACGAGGCCUCCUCGGCUGGGAGAGGCGGGUUCCCUGCGGUUUGCAUGGAUAACGGAGUUCCCCAUGUUCAAGCCCGUCGAGGAGGGCGAGCCCGGUCAGGGCGGCGCAGCAGGCAUCUCGGCCUCGCACCACCCGUUCACGGCGCCGCUGUCCGCCGCCGACCUCGAGCUGCUCUUCACCGAUCCGCUGCAGGCGAAGAGCGCCGCGUACGACCUUGUCCUCAACGGCACCGAGAUCGGCGGCGGCAGCGAACGCAACCACAUCCCCGAGGUGCAGGAUUUCAUCAUGCGCGACGUUCUUCGGAUGACGGAUCAGCGGAUACAAGACUUUGCCCACCUCUUCGACGCGUUGCGCUCCGGCUGCCCGCCGCACGCCGGCUUCGCCCUCGGAUUCGACCGUCUGGUGGCGCUGAUGACGGAUACACCCACGGUGAGAGACGUCAUGGCCUUUCCCAAGACGAUGAAGGGAGAAGAUCCAUUUGUGAAAUCGCCGAGCCGGCUGAGGGAUGAGCAGCUGGUGCCAUACGGGCUGCAACUGAGGAAGAAGGAGUAG